GAGAGAACGACCCACACUGUGCCUUCACAGAUCACUGAAUCACACACUUCCACUACUGAUUCACAUCGACAAAAGCACUUUAAAGUCUCUCAACGAUGAGACUCUGUGGACUUCCACUUUUUCUCCUUUUCCCUCUCAUCACGGGGACACCUUUCCACAACACCCGGUUCCAGAACAGCGCGUAUUCUGGCACCGACAUGCGCCAGAGAAACAAAAACUGGUGCGCACACGUUGUGCACAAGAACGUGAGCUGCGCAGUGGUGGGAGGCUCGGACAGCUUCGUGCAGCCGGAGCUUCUACCGUGUCCACCGGAUCUGCCAAACUGUGCUCAACAAGUGAUAUACCGGACACACUUCAGGCCGAUUUAUAAGAUCGCAUACAAGACUGUAACAGAGCUGGCGUGGAGGUGCUGCCCGGGGUACCAGGGCCAUGACUGCAUGGAGGUGAAAGACCCCAGGAUACUCCAAGUAGAUCACUGGCCUCAUGCUCCUUCUGCCACAAGACAUAUUCCAGUCCCACAAGUUCCAGAACAGGGAACUGAGAGCCAGAGAGGUCAUCCAUGGGGAGGGGCAGGGCAAUUUGGAGGUCAGACAGGUCACAGGCCCCUGGCUGGUCACAGAGGAUAUCAGAAUUCACAUCACCUGGAGGAGGAGGUGCAGCGACUGUCUGAGAUGGUCCUUGACAUGCAGUCCAGAAUGACAGACAUGACCGCCAAUCUUAGAGUGGAUUUCCAAGAAGAUGCAAGCAAAAUGUUUGUCACGCUGCUGAAUAACCUCCGACAACCUGUCAGUGCCAGAGGUGGAGAAACCGAAACCUUCCAGGUGCAGGACUUCUCCUUUGACCACGAGACAGUACCAGUCGACGAAGUUAUGAACAAAAUUAGCCAGGUGUCAGAAGAUCUGGAGUCCAAGAGUAAAUCACUGGAUGAUCUGAUGAGCCGUGUCAACCAUCAUGAUGGACAGAUUCGUCUGCUAAUGGAAGCUGCUGAGAGCCCAUUGUCCUCACCGACUCCUGCUUCCCCAGCGUCUGAUCCACAACUACGUGCCUACCUGGACAGUAAAAUCCAAGCUCUGAGAGAGGAGCUGAUGGAGGGCAUGGACAUCAAAAUGGCAGACUUGAAGAAUUCAUGUGAUUAUAAAGUGAUGUCAGUUCGGGAGCUGUGCGAGGGCCAAGAUACUAAUUACCUCAGCCUGGCUGAGCUGAUGGACUCCAAGGAAACUGACCUUCGAAAAGAGAUCCAAGACCUUAAGACCAUGCUGGUUGAUCCGCGCAAGGAAGGCACCCACAUAUCCGACUCUGUUCUCACUCGUGUCGAAAAAAACAUGGAGAUCCAGCUAAACUCAUCUGAGAAGACUGUGGCAGAGCGGUGUCUCGUUAUGGAGGAAAAACUGAAGAAAGAAAGCGAAGAUGCCAUUAAAGAUUUGAGGGACAAUCUGGAGGACAAGCUGGUCUCCAUGGAAGAUAGAAUUGCAACCCUGUUGGCAGAUACAAGUGUCAUUUCCCAAUCUCGCCUUCAUCCAGGGAGUACAGGUGCGCUGCAGAGGGAUGUAGAGUCUCUAAAGGGCUCUGUUCGGACAAUGGAAGAUAGACUAAAUGCAGUGGACAAGUUGAACUCAAAUGAGCACAAAGGUAAUUUUACUGAAGACCUUCAGCAAGACUUUCAUAGCUGCAAAAUUGCUAUUGGUGUCAUGGAGACUAGUCUAAAAGCCCACAUAAAUCACCUUGGAGCCAUGGAGGGGCAACUCUUCAACUGCAGCACUGGCAUUGAGAAUGCACAACAUGAGCUGAGCUCCAUGAAAGGCCACAUGGGCAGGUUGGAGGACUCACUAUCUGACCUGGUCAAUCAGCAGUCCCUGACCCCACAGACCAUCAACUCCACCUGGGGUCAUUUAGGGGCAGAGAAGGAGAUCAGUGACCUGUUGGACCUCCACAGGACACGCCAUCAGGGGCUGAGAGAGCGGCUGGACGAACUGGGCAGGGAGGUGAAAGUCGAGGGCGACCAGUGCAGGGAGAAAACCGAGAAAGUCGAGAAGGAUAUUGCCCACAUAGACAGCCGUAUUGUUAGCGUGGAGGACUUGUGUGGUAAGCUGGACCCUAUCUCAGGUAGCCUCCAGAGAAUCAAAGAGGGGCUGAAUAAACACGUCACUGCAUUGUGGACUUGUGUCAACCAGCUGAACGGCACAGUCGGAGCUCAUGCCAGAGAUAUUGGAGGACUGAGGGGAAGUUCCCAGAACCUUCAGAACCACAUCACAAAUAUAGCCAGAGACCUCCAGGUUCUGAUGGACAGCAAUCCUGAGAAGACAGGUAUUCAGGUUGCGAUGGAGGACACGGGACUCACCCAGGGUUCAAGUAAAGGCCUCGCAGCGCCUCUUGGCCCCGAGGACUCGUCUCUCUCUCAGCCACCUGUGAUGGAGACCGGAGAGGCGGGCCCUCCGGGUAAGAUGACCUCAUCCAAGUUGCCGGAAGGGACGAGCGGGAGCAUGAUGCCUGUUCUGGGUUUUGCUGGAGCUCCAGCUUCUCCAGUCGAACACAGUGACUCCAGCACCCCACUCACCUCUGAUGUGAACAUGAUGCCCCACGCACCGUCACCACAGAAACCUGCCAUGGCUUUAGAUGAGGAGGUGUCUUUCUCAGCCGGUCUCACUCUUCCACCGUUCCUGGGCGAGGCCGGCAUCAUUCGAUUCAACAAGGUGUUAGUGAAUGAUGGAGGACACUACGACCCUCACACAGGCAUCUUCACCGCUCCCAUAGACGGCCGCUACCUGGUGAGCGCCGUGCUCGCAGCGCAGCGAGGUGAGAGGGUGGAGGCCGUCCUCAACGUCUCCAACCGCAGUGUCCAGAGGUUGGACUCGUCCGGUUUCUCGCCGCAUCGCGAACAGUGUAACUGCAGCAGCGUCGCCUCACUGAGCCUGGUUCUCGAGUUGAAGCGAGGAGACCGAGCAGGACUCGUCAUGACGGCCGGAAAGCUCGCCGUCCCGGCCUCCUCCUCCUCUGAGAUCCUGUCGUCUUUUAGUGCUGUCCUUCUUUACCCCAGCCCGUUGAAACGGUAGCCCUGCUACUUUCAGACUCUUACCUUGUGGUGCUCAUUGUUGCAGAUAAACUACUAUUUGUUAUAUUUUAUGAAAUGAGGAGGGGAAACGGAGAAACACUCCAUCUCUAAAAAGAUAAUUUGUAUCAUGAGUACUAAUAUAUAGAGUGUAUUAUAUUGCAGUUAUAUUUUCAUUGUCUUGCAGAUAUCAACAUAGUUUACACAAUGCUGAUGAAACCUA